UCAAUUUCAUAGCAGAAAUCGGGAAUUCAAUUACUGAGAAACUUACUUUUAUCUUCGUGAAGUGCUGAGAUAUUUCUGUUAAUAUGGAGGUCGGAGAAGCUUCUCUUCUUGAUUAGCCUUGCUACUGAGGGACUACCUUCUGAAAGAUUCCCCGAACAUAUCAGUUCAUAUCCCAUUGAUACUUUUGCUUCCUUCAUUUAUUCUUUUCCUAUUCAGCAUAUAAAUCCCUGUAAUUUAAUUUUUUUGUUUCUUGUACAGGCACAUUGUAAUUGUGGAAAUGUAUUUUGUCGCCUGAACCAGAUCAAAACUGAGAAACGAGAGUUCUAAGAAUCUGUAGAAAGCCAAAUAACACAAAAAAUAGCUUUACUUGACCAUAUUUUUAGAAAAAGGCAUGGAUAAAACUCGCUGUUCUCGCUCCGUACUCCUAUUCUAAUAGAUUUAUGUCCGCAAACGAAACGACUUCCCAACUCGCAACUCGCAGAUUGAGCAUCUUGGAUUGCAUUGUUGCUAUGGAAGGUCAUUCAGGUCAUUGUUGCUAAUCGAAGGUCAUUUAGGACAAAGUAACAUGAAGUACCUAUUUCCCACGGACUGUUGUUUCCGUGAAUGCUUAACCAUUUGUGCCCCUACUCAUGGAAACCAGCAAAGGUCUUGGUUGACAGCAAAGGAAAUUGAAGGAUCUUUCUUGGAUCAUAUUUGAUGUUGUGAAUAUUUUAAGUAUGCUUCAUUUAGACAUACAGCCGGUGAGCUCUUGCAAGACUUUUGUCAGCCAGAAUGGUGUAUUUUAUUACCUGUGAACCUGGUUGAAUUAUGGAUAAGGCGAUAGAAGAACAGAUCAAUGCUGUUACAACACAUGAUACACCUAGGUCCAUUGAAGUUAAUCAGAAAAGCCCAGAAAGUAGUAGGACUUUUUUAGAAAAUUUCAGUCCAAAGCCAUUUAUUAAGAAUAAGCCCCAGCUGCCAAAAAAGCCAGCAUUUCUUUUUAAGUCUAAUAUUUCAAAUCAGGGAUCUAGCCCUGGUCAAAAUGAAAGGUAUGCUUCUCAAUUUGAGAAUACUAGGCAUGAAGAAACUGAUAAGAAAACUUCUUUGAAUUGUAAAGAUGCUGGAUUCUCAAGCAAGGGAGAAAAUGGAGACAAAAUUGAUUAUGGGAAUUUAUCUUCUUAUAAGGACACAACAGAGGGAAGAAUAUUUCCAAUAUUGGGUAGAAAUGGUAAGGGAAGCAAUGGUAUUUAUGGCUUGAAUACUGAAUCAAGUAAUGUUUUUGAUGAUGUAGUGACAAAAAGUGAAAUGGAAGAUAUGGAAAAGGACCUCAAUUACACAGACAAGGAGGUUUGUGUAUCACAACAGGUUGGCAAUGCUAUGAGUGACAGCUCAGUAUCAAUGCAAGAUUCUAAACUCUUGACUGAUAAUUUUGAUUUUGUACAGGAAGAUGUUUUCAAUUGUUUUGAAGACAUAACAAAAAAUCCAGAUCAAAAAUUUUCUUGUGAUAAGGAAAAAGAAUUUCCUUUGAGUGGUAUAUCACAGAGAGAUGAAAUAUUGUUGGCAUAUGAUAGAACAUAUGAAAAUGCUUCAGAUCAAAAGAAUACCAAUUGCAGAAAUUCUGUUGCUGUGAAUAAUAAACAAGAAAAAGGGACAAUUUUGAAACCUCGACCAUCCAGACCACCACCUCCACCCCCUCAAAGACAAAAAUACCAACAAUUAAGUGAUAUAAAUUUGGAUGAAAAGAGCAAUGCUUUAAACCUGCUUGAUGAUUUCAGUGAGCAAAAGAUUUUUGGUUUCAACCAGAAAACAACUAACUAUGGAAAAGAAGAUAAACUUUUAGAAAAUAAUGUGAAAUGUGAAACAGUUACUUGUGAUAAAGAUGGUGUUCAAGAAAAGGAACCUUCAAAGGAAUGUAUUGACAAAAAGACUAUUGGGAAAGUGGAUGAUGAAAUACUCACGAUGAAGGACAAAAAUGAUGAGCAGGGAAAAAUUGGACCUGUGGGGGAGAGUCUAAACUUACCACAUUUAGAUGGAAAGCAUUUUGAAAGCGUUUGCUCGAGAAUUUCUGGUCAAGGAGCAGUUCCAACUUCGCCGGUUAUGAAGAGAGAAAAUAGGGUUGCGAUAAAAAACAAAAAAGAGAAUCGUAAAAGCUGCCCUCCCCCAGAUACCACAACUGUAGAAGCGAAGGAAGAAAUUAAAGAAACUGUACUAAAUAAAUGGAAAUAUAGAAGCUUUGCUGUUGACAGUCAAAACAAGAGGCAAAAUUCUUCCAAGCCAGAGUUGUUACAGCGACUACAAGAGCAACGAAAAAAGUCAGAGGAAAAAGGACACGAAAGCGCGACAACUUUUUCAAAGCCAAAGUCACUGCCAGCGAUUAAGGAUGAUGUUGAUGAGGAAAUGGAGGAUGCCGUUUUCUUCGACUACGUUUUGGUUGUUAAACUUCGAAACAGUGAAAAUGGAUUAGAGCCAUACAUUUCAUUCAGAUUUCCACCAAAGCAAAAGUAUGAUAAAGAGAUUGACGAACGCGUUGCAAGCAUUCCUCAGUUUUGUUUCCCCGACCUAAAAGCUGGAAUGAGGGCAGAUAAUUAUUUAGAGCAUCAUGUAGGGUUUGCAUCAAGCGAAACUUUCUCUUUCGUUUUAACUGACAUGAUGGGGCAGCGACUCUUUGGAUAUUGUCGUCAAAUCCAGGUGAAAGAAAGAUCACGGGAAAAAUCUUCAGCAGCCUUGUUACCUGAAGUGUAUUGCAUCGUUAGUCCAUACGGACUAUUUGGUUUGUAUUCCCAGAUUCUCGAUGAAGUUGAACAGCAGUGUGCUUUUUCGUCUUCUCAUGUUUUUGUUUUUCUGAAAGCGGUUCUUUCACAUUCAUUACCAAGAGCGGGUGGAACUAUACAAGUUUCAUUUUAUUCGGGUGACUCUGUAGGCCUAAAAUCUUUAAAAUUGAAGAGGGAAGCUGACUCAUCCAUCCACGAACACGUCGAUUUAAGCCUUUUGUUUGAAAGACUGCCUGUUUCUGUGAUUUUGAGUACAUUGAGCGCUCUAAUGUUGGAGAGAAGAAUCAUCCUAGCGUCAACACAGCUAAGUUUGCUCUCUGCCUGCUGCCAUGGAUUUGUUUCGUUACUAUAUCCGUUCAUCUGGCAGCACACAUAUAUCCCCGUUCUUCCCUGUACCCUCGUUGAUAUGUGUUGUUUGCCGACCCCGUAUCUUCUUGGAGUUCUUUCAGGCUGCUUACCAGAAAUCGAGGACCUGCCUAUUGAUGAAGCUAUCAUUGUUAAUCUUGAUCAGAAAAGAAUUCUGAGAAACACUGAUAUGGACAGUAAAUGCAGUUUACCAAGUCAGAUUGAGAAUCAGAUUGAGAGUGGUUUGACCGUAGGUCUGGCAGCAAGCAAGUCAUUGGAAAAUGAUAAAAAGAAAAAGAAUACAAUGAUAACUGAAGUUUUUGUCCGAUGCGCGUAUUUAAAUCUAUUGGUGAAGCGAAAUAUUUUAAAACCAUUGACACGCAUCAUCUCAGACCUUUUUGAGUUGUAG